CCCGAACACGGAACAUCGAAGAAGACCUGUACAAGAAAAAGAAGAAAGCUUCAGGCUCAAAAUAUCUGUAAUCAGGAUAAUAUAAUAAUAAUCAAAUUCAAACAAAAAUACGCCCGAAUAGGAAGAGGUAAAACGGCUCGUAGCUUCAAUUUUCAAUGUUCAAAGGUGUUUGUGUCGCUACAACAAAAAUAACGUCCAAGUUGAAAACUAGAGUGGUCGUUCCGUUCGUGUGCUGUUGUGUAGAUUUUCGCGCAAUCAUCGGCCGGAAGGAAGGACACUGUUGACUCUUUAUUUAAGUCCUUGUGGAACGCAGAAAACUCCAGAUACUCAGAAAGACAGAGAAAGAGUUGUUUAUCAAAAAUUCAAUUCCACCGUUGGUGAGCUACGAGUGUUUGUGCGUUCGAAUCUUGGUGCAAACGGAAGGGUGUUUUGUUAAAGGACGCGCUUUUAUUUGUUUUGUGUGACCCGAGCAGAGGGAUUUGUUUGUCCAAUAAGUCCGAAACGCAGCAAAUAAAGAACGGCAAACCAAACAGUUUCAACCGGCCACAACGUGGGAAAAUACAACAGCGUUUUGUGCCGUGAACAGUUGCUAACGAAAGUAAUGAAAACAGUGCGUUCCAGUAUCAAGGAACGGGAAACUAGGCACGCCAUUAGAGAUUAAAUAAUUGCAUUCCCACAAACCGCCCUUUGCUAUCGAUCAUAAUGAUGGUGGUGUUGUGAUGGAAUACGGAGCAAUCGGAAUCAAUCGAUCGUCGGCAACCGUUGCGAGAGCAUUUCCCAAUGAGCGUUCCUCCUCGAUGACCGUGCUGCCUUCGCAAGAUAAACCGCAUCAAUCUCCUCCUAGGAUGUCGCAGCUGGAAACACUGGAAGCGAAGAUGGCCAAUAUCGAGGUUUCCCUCUGUGCCGGUACACCUCGGCGUAGAAAAGGCACUUCGCUCGGGGGAUCUUUAUCGGCCCGUUCCUCCCCACGACCCGAAUCGGCCCCGGGUCGCGAACUACGUACCGCUCUGCAAGAUCGCGAAGCAGUAAUUCAAAACUUACGGCUGCAGCUGGGCCUGGGAAAACUGCCCCGACCCACGGGACCUCCGUUGGAUGAAGCGGAACGUCCGGUCGCGGAGCAGCGAUUGUCGAAGCUGAAGCUAGACUCGGAAACGAAGCGACACGUGAUCAAGAACCUAAAGACGGCACUGGAAAAACUCGAUGUGACCGAUAACAUCGACGUUCGGAUUCGGCAGGCCGAGUUGGAAUAUGCCCUCGGGAGGGAAGAACUGCAAUUGCUCUCGCUGGUGGAGGAGGCACGUGCUUUGCAGGCACGACUGGACAAACCAAAGCAAGAACCAAAUACACUGUACGGAAUGCUGCAAUCGGGAGUGAACCUUAGCCUGCUGGCCGUCCGUGCCACGACGGGUCGCUGGAAUGCGAGCCCCCGGAACGAACAGCCCGGCUUCUGGGUCGACUGGGUGCUCGAUGGGGAAAGUCUUCAGCGGGGCGAUCGAAUCAUCGAGAUCAAUGGGAAAGCCGUCGGAGGCAGGAAUCGCGAGGAGCUGGCACGCAUCAUCGGCACGCACACGAAGAGUGAGAUGGUCGUGGCUCGGGUCAGGAAGUCUUCCGCUUUGCUGUCCCAACAGCAGCUCCAGCAAUCGCAGGCCGACAACGUUCGGCUGCAGCAUCGCAUCUCGUACUUGGAGGAUCAGGUAAAGGAGCUGCUCGCUACGAAGGAAAACGGAGCGAUCCGGCCCGGGUUCGCCAUCAAUGGGGGUGGCGGAGCGCACAUUACCUCUAUCAGCAUCACGUCACCGCCAUCGACACCACCGGAAAGUAAAACGCCCCAGCCACCGCACAUCUACAACUACAUCGACGAGAAGUCAUCGUCGUCGUCACGCAACCAAAGCCCAGGACACGUGACGACGACCACCAUCAUCAAGGAGUGUGACCGAAUCAACGGGGAGCUCACGAACGGUGGCGAUGUGAUGAAGUACAAUCUUAGAAACUCACUCUCAUCGUCCAAAGUCAACGUCAACGGUGGUAGUGACACGCUGGUCGCUUCGCAGUACUACAGCCGAAAGGAGCGCGACAAGCGUGAACGGGAAGCUCGGCGUUUGGAGCGCGAAAAGUAUCUUCUUCAGUUUGGUGCGAAAUUGCAGCGCAGCACCACCGACUUGGAGAGCGAUUCUGACCGGGGGCGCCUUCAGCACAGCCACAGCCGCAGCCACGCCCGCAGCGUGGAGUACUUGAACGGGGAACGGAAGCGCCUGGUAGCUGCCGGAAGCCUGGAUACGAAUGGACGCCGCGGAACGGAUAUGCGAAUGGGGAAGAGUUUGGACUUUGAAAGUGACACUAACGAGCAGUACGCUUCGGAACCGUCGGGUCCUUCGCUGAAGGUGUCCACCGUGAGACCGGCACCACCAAAAAAGCCUCUCCGACUGUCGCUGCAGCGCGCCCAAAGUUUGCAAACGGUGGACGGGAUCGUACUGGAAGCGAUGAUGAACGGUCACGACAGGAAGCGGGGCAUGAAACGAUCUCACAAGAGCGGCACCAAAACGGGCGAUUCGGCCGCUGCUCCUGCGACACAGUACAUCGAAAACAGUGCGCCAAUGCCUAUGCAGACGGCGUCGCUGGGCCGGCAAAAGUACAUUUAACGCAAAGCGAUAAAUCGAUUAUAAUUUUUUUUUUUCCCGUAAAAGAGGGAGGUUUUGUGUUGAAGUAGCAAUUGGA